AUAGACUUAAAGACAAUCCCUCAUCCGAAUCACAUUGAACUCUUUGUAUAUUUUCUUUAAUCUUCUAAGAUCUGGAGAAAAAUGGCUGAGCAUUACCACUUAUCCUCCCUCUUAGUACUUGCAUUUCUCAAUUUAUUUGCCAUUCAUGGAAGCAUAACUGGUGCCACUGCACGCCACCUUCUAGAGAGUCCCCUCCCCGAGAUUCCUAAACCAGAACUUCCGAAAGUUCCAACCUUGCCAAAGCCCGAGCUACCAAUAGUCCCAAAACCCGAGUUACCACCUUUGCCAAAGCCUAAGUUACCGACUUUGCCAAAGCCUAAAAUCCCAACAGUACCAAAACCCGAGCUUCCUGCUAUGCCAAAGCCUCAGAUUCCAGCAAUGCCGAAACCCGAGUUUCCUCCCUUGAAAAAGUCGGAAAUUCCAGCAGUGCCAAAGACUGAGGUUCCACCAACUAUGAAAAAGCCUGAAGUUCCAGCUGUGCCAAAGCCUGAGAUUCCGACUAUACCAAAGCCGGAAAUUCCAGAACUACCAAAGCCAAAAGUCUCAGAGCUUCCAAAGCUAGAAGUCCCAGUUGUCCCAAAGCCUGAGAUUCCGGCUGUGCCAAAGCCAGAAAUUCCAGAAUUACCAAAGCCAAAAGUCCCAGAGCUUCCAAAGCUAGAAGUCCCAGCUGUGCCAAAGCCUGAGAUACCGGCUAUGCCAAAGCCGGAAAUUCCAGAAUUACCAAAGCCACAAGUCCCAGACCUUCCAAAGCUAGAAGUCCCAGUUGUGCCAAAGCCUGAGAUCCCGGCUAUGCCAAAGCCAGAAAUUCCAGAACUACCAAAGCCAAAAGUCCCAGAACUUCCAAAGCUAAAAGUCCCAGCUUUGCCAAAGCCUGAGAUCCCGAUUAUGCCAAAGCUAGAAAUUCCUGAACUAUCAAAGCCAAAAGUCCCAGAGAUUUCAAAGCCAGAAGUCCCCAUUGUGCCAAAGCCUGAAAUCCCGGAACUACCUAAACCAACUUUUCCUUCCCUUUCUCCACCACACAAACCCUCUGCUCCUUGAGUAAAUUAUAUGCUACUGUCUCUCCAUUACAAAGUACCCAACUGAUGUUUUGGAAUUUCCAUCUCAGUCUAUGAAGUUUGCAGCAUAUGGCCAUGACAUGGAGAUGUUUGGCAUAACACAUUGGAUACUUUCUUGUAGGAGUAGAAAUUGUAAUUCUUUUAUAGUAUUUGAAUUGGAUGUACAAUGUUUGACUUUUUAUUAUGCUAUAUGAGUGUUUUAUAUGCUUUCUAUAUAUACAGUGUAAUAAAGCUAAUGAUCUAUGCUACUUUUCUUUAGUUUCUA